CGGUACCGGUUCGGUGCUCCGGGACACGGUUCUCCGCGCGUUCUUUGAGGGCUCUCAUUCGACCGGACAGGCAGUAGCAGCCCUGGCUUCCCAGGUGGCUUCGUGAUGGAUGAAACUGUGGCUGAGUACAUCCGAAGAACUGUUCUCAAAAUCCCCCGGGAUGAAAUCAAGACAAUGCUACAGAAAUGGGGCUUUCUCUCUGAGGCGCAGCUGCAAAACAUAAACUUCCACCAGAUAAAGGAGAACAUUUCUCAGGAAGUUGUUCAGCUUUGUGAGGAAAACUGUGCAGACAUAAAGCAAGCAGCUGUCCUAGACAUCAUUUACAACCACAUCUACCAAAACAAAAGAAUGUGGAGUGUUUACCAGAUGAACAAAAAAGGUGAAGAAACAGAAAUCUUUGACUUAACAGAUUUCAAAAAAAAAAUCAAAAGACAACUUCGGACAGCCUUGAAAAAUGUGACCAUCAACUUUAGAGAAUAUGAGGACAAUGCAAUCUGGAUUAGAGUUGCCUGGGGAACACCAUACACAAAACCAAACCAGUACAAAACCAGUUAUGCUGUUUACCAUUCACAGACUCCCUAUGUCUUCAUUUCUGCCUCUGUCUUCAGGAGCAACUUGCCUCUGCUGUGUCAGGCCCUGGUUGUUGCUACCAGUUACCAGGACAUUCGUGAAAUGGAGCUUCGAGGUCAUUCAUUAAGCUCCCUCAAAGAUAUUGUGUUUAGGAGAUACAGCCAGAACUUCCAAACUCAUUGUCCAAGACCUCUACAAGAAAGGAAUGUAGCACCAGAGAAUGUGGAUUUAAGGAUAAUUCGAGAAAACAAAACUGAGAAAGAAAAAAUAGAGAGAGUGAAUUGGGAAGUUUUUGGUCAUGGUCCCCAACCAAAACUUGAAUUUGCUCAAUAUAAGCUUGAGACGACUUUUAGAAGUGAUCCUAAAAUGCAUAUUUUGGAUAAAAAAGAACCCUUCAGAUGCAUGGUCAAGUUUUCAAGUCCAAAUCUUUUAGAAUCACUGAAAUCCUUAGCACCAGCAGGUAUGGCUGAUGCACCUCUUUCACCACUGCUUACCUGUAUACCACACAAAGCCAGGAAUUACUUCAAAAUUAGAGACAAAAAAGAUUUACUUCCAGGAGGCUUUACAAGCCCUUAGUUUAAAACAAAUUCAUAGAGAAAUACAAUUUAUUACUGGUAUUUAUCUAAACCAUAA